AUGGCAGAUUCAGUGGAUUCAUGCACUACAAGCUCCUUAACAGAGUCCAGUACAUGGAAAAACUUGGUACUUUGUUUUGAUGGAACAGACAAUACAUUUGGACCUGACCCCUUUACAAAUGUUUUAAAGAUUUUUCGCAUGUUGGAAAGUAAUAAUGAUGGAUCUCAGAUGUGUUACUACCAGCCAGGGAUCGGUACUAGUGUUAGUGUAUUGGGAACUAUUAAAGCUACUACAAGAAGCAAAUUUGUAAAUACUGUGGACUCAAUGUUUGCAUUUACGUUAGACCAUCAUAUCAUCUCUGCGUACUUAUUUUUGAUGGAGUACUAUGAGGUGGGGGACAAAAUUUUUAUGUUUGGUUUCAGCAGAGGUGCUUUUACCGCCAGAGUUCUAACUGGAAUGUUGGAGAGAGUUGGCUUACUCAAAAGAGGCUUGGAAGAUUUGGCCCCUAUGGCGUGGAAGCUUUAUGAAGCUUGGGAGUAUGCGGCACAGCCAAGCCAGCCGAAUUACACAACCACUUUAAUAGAUGAAUUUAGGAAUACUUUUGGGCGGAAUAUAGCAGUGCGUGUGCAUUUUGAAGGUUUGUUUGAUUCUGUUAACUCUUGUGGUAUAAUUCGUGACAGACUAUUCCCAUAUACAUCGCGAAGCGGAAUUGUAGAUCAUGUUCGACAUGCUGUAAGCAUUGAUGAAAGAAGGGGCAAGCUAAAACAGCAAAGCUUUUCCCCAAAUCCUUAUACUCAGAAACUAUUUUCUUUCGUUUACAGAAACUAUAUUGUUGAGACUAAUCGUGGCUCUUCAACUGUCAUAGAUAACGCUAGUGAAGCGUAUUCAAAUCCAAUUAUCAAUUCAACAGUGGCCAAUUUUAGAGCCGAGCAUCCAAAUCCAGGUACAGAUGUAGAUCUUGAACUUGGUAUUGAAAACUCCAAAAGUGAUCCCAAAUCAGCUGAAUUGUUGCGUAAUGUGAAUGAUUACUUGACUAUUGGCAUAGGGAGAAAGAAUAGAUCUUCCUGGUUCAGGCGGAAGUUCAACUCUCUUUCAAGGCAACGUGUAGAAGGCACAUUCCAAAGGUAUUCUCCAGAUAGUGAUUAUUCAGGCGAUGAGGUGCUUGUUUCCUCAGAUUUAAUAGAAAAAUGGUUUCCAGGUGAUCAUUCAGAUGUGGGCGGCGGUUGGGCUCCUGACAUGGAAACUGAACAGUUCAUCAGUGACCUUCCAUUGCGUUGGAUCUUAUCCGAAGCAAUAAAGUACGGGGUUUUUUUUAAGAAGGGCGUUAUCCGUCAAUACGCAGAUUCAUAUACUUCGGCAGGUAGCCUUCUUUCAGCAACUCAUGAUAUGUUGAGUUGGCAUACUGGGCAUCUAACAAUGCGAAGUCCAUUCGCACUUAAUCAAAAUCCUUCUAAAAAAGACCUUGAUAAAUUCCGCGGGCUGUUAAAAGUACCAAAGAAGGUCUUCCGUGCUCUUAGAGGGAAGCAUAAAUCUUCGCGAUAUGGGUCAACGGAACAAGAAGAUUCAGGGACGGUAAAGCAAGGAUGUGUUCCAAAGCUCGUGAAGAACAAUGGCCACGGGUCGAAAAGUAUAUUUCAGGUUAUUUUGUGGUGGGUUGUUGAACUAAUAGCAAUUGGAAUAAGAUUAGAAGAUGAGAAGUGCAGGUGGAAGAAUGUCUACGUGCCGAAUUUAGGUAGACACCGUAAUAUUCCAGAAUACGGGGAAAUGCAUUGGUCAGUUUACUGGAGGUGUAAAUUUGUUCAAGACUAUAGGCCGUCUAAUCUACCAGCUUAUGCGGCUGAUUUAAUAGAGGAAUACCUUGGGAUUGAAUUACUGGAUAAGAAGAAGCGGAAGGGUAGGUCUAAGGUUACAGCAGAAGCUCUGUUAUAUCCUAGCGACCAAUCCGUACAGAAUCAAGGUGAUAGUUAUACAAGCAGUUCUGUAGAUGUAGAGAUAAUAGCUGCCCUUGAUGAACAGCAAUUACAGAGGUGGAUUGAAAACUCCUGGAAGGAUAUACCCGAUGAUCUCGAACAGUUACUACAACUGAAUCCAGAUCUAUAA